AUGGUUGACGUACCGCUCAAGCUCAACACUGGAGCCACCAUUCCUGCCUUGGGUCUGGGCACAUGGCAGAGUCCAGAAGGCCAGGUUCGUGCGGCCGUUGCACACGCGAUCAAGUCAGGUUACCGCCACAUCGACUGCGCCUAUGUCUACGGGAACGAAAAGGAAGUGGGCGAGGGGAUCAAGGAGGGGCUCGCUGCUGCGGGCAUUCCCAGGAGUGACCUGUUCAUUACGACCAAACUGUGGUGCACCUAUCACACGAGGGUGGAGCAGAACUUGGACAUAAGCUUGAAGUUGCUGGGUCUCGACUACGUGGACCUUUAUCUCAUACACUGGCCCGUGGCCAUGAACCCCAACGGUAAUGACGAGAAAUUCCCCAAACUGCCCGAUGGAUCCAGGGACCUGCUUCGCGACCGAUCCCACGUCGACACGUACAAGGACAUGGAGAAGUUGCUCAAGACGGGAAAGACUAAGGCGAUUGGCGUGGCCAACUACUCAAAGCGAUAUCUCGAGGAGCUGCUUCCCCACGUCGAGGUGGUCCCGGCCACGAACCAAAUCGAGAACCACCCACUCCUUCCCCAGCAAGAGAUUGUGGACUACUGCAAAGAGAAAGGCAUCCUCAUCACCGCGUACAGCCCGCUGGGUAGCACGGGGAGUCCCUUGAUGAAGGACCCACAUGUGGUCAAGCUGGCCGAGCAGAAGGGAGUCACACCAGGCUGCAUCCUCCUGAGUUACCAUGUCGCCAGAGGCAGUUCUGUGCUCGCCAAGUCGGUCACACCUUCUCGCAUUGACGAGAACAAGAAAAUCGUCUCCCUGUCGGACGGCGACCUUGCCUCUCUGGCCGAAAUCUCCAAGACCGGCGUCACCCGCUUUGUCUAUCCCGCGUUCGGCGUCGACUUUGGCUUCCCGGACAAGCAAUAG